AUGCCUCGUGUUACGGCAGAGAAGACGACCAGUCCAGAACGCAUUUCCUACCACCUCCGCUGUAAGCCCUCAAACCCCAUAGAGAUACCCAGGUGCCGUCGGUCAGGUCCAGCCUCUUUCAAUUCACCUAUGGAUGGACCCAUGUCACCCGACCUCAUCUUCGAGAUGUCGCCCAUAUCCCCCACCUUCCCUUCCUUGUCGACCAUGUAUCCUAUGCCACUCUCACCUUCAAAUAAAAUGACGGAGCAAGACUUGGCCACCAGCCCCAACGAGCCCUUCAUGUACAGCGUGCCCGUUUUCCGGCCAUGUCCUCCCUCUAGUGGAACUUGGCCGCGGUCGAAGACAGCGCGUCAAGGUGUCAUGCCUUCUCGAAAGCUGAACGCCAUCCCCAUCACAGCGCACGGCCGCCAGCACCGUAGGAAGGAAAUAUGCGCUGCAAUCUUCGACGUUUUCGACGAUAGCGCUCAUGUACCUGGGCCCGAUGAUUGCGGUGUUCCUAGGACGCAGUCAACCACUAAAAUUACGGGAUUUUCGCCGAUAAAUGAAUACCAGCCCGUUUGCGAUCAGCCGCAGAAGCCCACCAGGCGCCUGUCGCCUCCUCCGCGGCGCUCGUCUUUCUCGUCGUCACCCUGGAUUCUUCCAGGGAAGAGCGAUUGCUAUGAGGACGACGUGUCAUCCUCACCCAUAGACGCCGGAGCUUUGGAAUUCCGGCGUCACUUGUUGGGCCGCAUAGAGAACAAGACUGCGUCGCGGUUCGCCAGCUUUCAUUCUUGUCUGUGA